UUCCCGAUGGUGUGGACUCAGCAUGAUAAAGUCAAAACGGGAAAAUAUGCUAGAAAACAAAAUAUUUGCAAUUAUCUCAGGAUAGCAAAGCAAAUUAAAUUGCUUAUAGACUUUUUAUUUAUGUUACAAAUCUCAAUCUGCUUCAUCAACUUUGCUAGAAACUCACAUAACAUAAUUAAUGGCUCAAACUGAAGUCACCCAAAGAAAGUUAUUUUAUACCAGCAGCUUGAAUAAAUAUUUUUUGUGUGAUAACUGUGGCUCGGAAAAUCGAUUUAUUGAUAAAAAAUCAUUGCGCGAUCACAUUAAAUGCUGCAAUAGAAAAAUUAACUUGAAUCAGGUAACAGUAAAGCCCAGAAAAUUGAGAUCAAUAGAUACUAAAAUACAUUUUUGCCCAGUAUGCAGCAAGAAUUACGUAAAUUUUUCGACUUUACGAUACCACAUACGCCAAGCCCAUUUCAAUUUGAUAUCAAAAACCCCGUACUAUGAGCAGAAGAAGAUCAACCAAGUUUGGUUUGAGAACGUUCUCAACAGUGACGCAGUGAUAGAAGUCCACAAAACAGGUGUUAACUCUUUGGUGAUCAGACGACUAAGCAAAAACACCGCAAUCAAAGUUCAUAAAACAGAGACAAGUAAAGUUGAUUUAACUAAUAUGUAUCCAACUUAUAAUCGUAAGAAAUUGGUUCAGUGUACGGAGUGCGGAAUCAAUGUUCAUCCGCAUUUACUUAUAAAGCAUAAGUUGAAACAUCAACGAGAGAAAGAGGGGGCAAAUCAAGUUUGAAAACAAAUAUAAAUCUUAAUGUUUUCUAGAGCCUGUAAGUCUUACAAUAAGUGUAACAUAUUUAUGAACGCAAAAUGAAACCCUUGUUUUUCUAUAAUUUAAUAAAUUUGACGGCCUCUGUGGCGCAGCGGUAAUAUGCUUGUCUGUGUCACCGUAGGUCCCGGGUUCGAAUCCUGGCCAGGGCGUGAUGAGAAACGAACUUUUUCUGAUUGGCCUGGGUCUUGGAUGUUUAUCUAUAUAAGUAUUUAUUAUAAAAUAUAGUAUUGUUGAGUUAGUAUCUCGUAACACAAGUCUCGAACUUUACUUCGAGGCUAACUCAAUCAGUGUAAUUUGUCCCGUAUAUAUUUAUAUUUUAUUAUAUAUUUAUAUUAUAUCUAUAGUAUGCUCAGCAUCAUCCAAACAUCUUGUUUUUAUACUCUCUGGUGGGGAAUCAGUGUCAAGGCGUAGGUAAGGAGGGGCAGGGUGGGCAGGCCCACCACAGGCUAGUUUUAUGUCGACCCCAGAAAUUUUUAUAUUUACGCGCAAGACUUCCCAUCAUUUCUUAUUACAAUGUGUGGUCUAUAUGACCAUUUAAUUUUAAAUUUGCUGUGCUGUGAUAUAUAAGUUAUUCUGAAAAUAUUGUUCUAGUCUAUAUUAUGUAACUCCAUCUGUUUUUUAAGCUAUUUGUCUUCUUUGUAAAUUGUCAAAUUCAAAUAUAAAAUUAACCACCCAAUUAUUGUGG